AUGAAGACUAAUCUUUUUCUUUUUUCAAUUCAGGAAUCCAUCAGGUGCUCUGUAACGCUGGACAAUGACUCCUUAUCCCCUAAAGCGUUAGGACUGAGCUUAGAAUGCCAGGAAUCAUUUUUCUCAGACCCAAUGACUACAAGCUCCUUGCUUGAAGAUGAAGAGGAUGAAUGGAGUGGCACGUACCAGCCAUUUGCUGUGGAGGAGGCUCACUUGGCCAGGGUUCUCAGUGUUUCAUUAAGCAGCACCUUUGACUCUUUUUACUGUGACUCUUCUGAUCUACCAACCCCUUCACCAUGGCAGCUCAAAGAAAGUGACUGUUACCAAAAUGACCCACUUGGAAAAGGAGACCGGGGCUUAUCUCUUGAUGAAGAAACUGUAGAAGAUGGUUUUUAUCAGCCUAUGAAACCAAGCUAUGAAGAACUAAAACAGGACAAUUCAAAGUUGAAGAAUAAGAUCAGCUGUCUUCAAGCAUUUUGUGAAGCUCAGGCAAACAGGGUAAAAGAACUGGAAAGAAUACUAGAGGACCACAAACUGAAAGAAGCCAAGGAGACCCGAGACUUAGAAGCUAUGGUGCAGCAGGUGGAAGAGAACCUACAGCUGAUGACUAAACGGGCUGUGAAGGCAGAAAACAGUGUCGUGAAGCUGAAGCAGGAAAAUGCUCAACUUCAGGUUCAAAUGAAGAACCACCAGCGGGAAAAGGAAGCCGUGAAGUCCAGUCUGGCUGCAAUGAAACAAAAUGCGGAUGUUGCUUUGCAGAACCUUCUUGCUACCGUAACAAAGUCUCACUCAUCUAUCAAGCAGCUGCUGUCGGGGGCAGAAGGACUGCAGCUCGUAGCUGAUCUUCUGAAGUCUGUAGACAGAUUCUCCGAGAUACCAGAUGAUUCACCAUGAAAACCACAAGAAUGACUUGGAUAAACUUGAUUCACAUAUUGGAAAUAAGUAUUGGAAAAAAAUGUCUUGCUAUGGUAUUUAACAUGCUAGAACUUUCUAGGAAUAUGCAGCCCUUACACCUAGAUCCAGGGCGAGUUUGCAACCCUGACCCUUUCUUGACUUACAAAUGCUACCUAGAGAUCCCUUUUCUCAUUUGGCUGGGGCUAGCUGGUCAUGCUGUCUGCAUCUUGUUUAAAAGGUGCAGAAAAUAUUUGGUAUACAUUGAGAUUUUUGUUCUAAAUGUACAUUGUCUUUGGAGGCAUUGCUUUUGUUUCUAAAAUGUUCCUUCACUGGAGAAAAUUGAUUUUCCCCAAGUUUACUAAUAUGAAUAAGAUGAGAGAUGCCUAAUCACCUUUUGUAUAGUAAAGAAACAAAAACAUUACAGACUUGACAAGUUUCCUGAAUGCAUCAUUUUGAAACUUUAUAAUUCCACUGUUUUGUAAUAGUUAUCUUGUUUUAAUAUUCAUAAAUAAAGUGCUUAUAUAGUA